UCAUUAUUUUCAGGUAUAAAAAAGUAUACCGAAUCUGUGGUGAAUGCUUGCCGUAAACACGGAUUUGUUGAAACUUUGUAUGGAAGAAGAAGAUAUCUACCAUCUAUCAACAGUGUAAUAGCUCAUGUUCGUGCCAAAACAGAGCGACAAGCCAUAAAUACUAUCAUUCAAGGAUCUGCUGCAGAUUUAAUUAAGAUUGCAAUGAUUAAAAUAAAUGAAAAAAUGGAAGCCAUUUAUCCUGAGACAAAAAGACCACAUCAGUAUCUGUUUUCAGAUCAUAAGAUACAAGAAGAACCUAAUAGAAGUCUUUUGCGUGGAGGUUACCUGGUUUUAGAACUUCAUGAUGAAUUAAUAUAUGAAGUGCAGGAAGAAGACAUAGAACCUGUUUAUGCCAUAGUUAAGGAAGGAAUGGAAAGUGCUGUUUCUCUUUCUGUUAAAUUGCCUGUCAAAAUUCGUGUUGGGAGUAAUUGGGGUGACAUGAAAGAAUGGGCAAAAAGAUAAUUGAAAAUGUUA